ACUGAGCGCCCCCCCCCCCGGGGAGAGGCGUCCAGGGCUUUUACUUGAGCGCUGACCGUGCGCGAAACACUGCGCCCAGCGCGGGGGAGAGGCGUCCACUACAGCGGCGGCAGCAAGAGCGACCAGGGCUAUUUAUUGAGCGCUGACCGUGCGCGGAGCACUGCGCCCAGCGCGGGGGAGAGGCGUCCACUACAGCGGCAGCAGCAGCAACCGGCGCUAUUUAUUGAGCGCUGACCGUGCGCGGAGCACUGCGCCCAGCGCGGGGGAGAGGCGUCCACUACAGCGGCGGCAGCAGCGACCGGGGCUACUUCUUGAGCGCUGACCGUGCGGCGGUGCACUGCGCUCAGCGCGGGGGAGAGGCGUCCACUACAGCAGCAGCGACCAGCGCUAUUUAUUGAGCGCUGACCGUGCGCGGAACACUGCGCCCAGCGCGGGGGAGAAGCGUCCACCACAGCGGCAGCGACCGGGGCUACUUCUUGAGCGCUGACCGUGCGCGGAGCCCUGCGGCCUGCGCGGGGGAGAGGCGUCCACUACAGCGGCGGCAGCGACGAUCAAUGAAAUGAGCUGCACGAUCGAGAAGGCACUUGCCGACGCCAAGGCCCUGGUGCAGCGGUUAGGAGACCACGACAACGCGGCCGAAUCGCUGAUCGAACAGACCACCGCGCUCAGCAAGCAAGUGGAGGCGAUGAAGCAGUACCAGGAAGAAAUUCAAGAACUUAACGAAGUGGCAAGACACAGGCCGCGUUCCACAUUAGUGAUGGGGAUCCAGCAGGAGAACAGGCAAAUCCGACAGCUGCAGCAAGAGAAUAAAGAGUUACGAACCUCCCUCGAAGAACACCAGUCUGCCUUGGAACUCAUUAUGAGCAAGUACCGGGAGCACAUGUUCCGACUGCUGAUGGCCAGCAAAAAAGACGACCCGGGCAUAGUCAUGAAGUUGAAAGAGCAGCAUUCUAAGAUUCACACGGUUCACCAGAACCGCUCUGAAGGACUCCUGCUUGAUGCAUCUCGUCGCAUCCUUGAAGCCGCUCAGCCCCGCCUGGAGAGGAGAACCCCAGCUUCAGAUCAGAAUGAACUGCAGGUUCACGUGGACCAAAUUAGCGAAAUGGCCGCGGUGAUGAGGAAGGCCAUCGAGAUCGACGAACAGCAGAGCUGCAAGGAGCAGGAGCGCAUCUUUCAACUGGAACAAGAAAACAAAGGCUUAAGGGAAAUUCUCCAAAUAACCCGAGAAUCGUUCCUCAACCUCAAGAAGGAAGAGGCUUCCGAGGGCAGCGCGUCCCCGUCGGCCCGAGUAACCAGCGGCGACCUGAGCCCCAGGAAGAGCUGAGGCGCCAGGGAGGUCCCAGCGAGCCUCCGCCGCGCCGCUCCCGACCAGGCCGGGGAUCCGGCUCGGCCGAGCCCCGGAAGAUCGGGUCCGGACCUUCCUCCCUCUGACUCUCCGACUCCAAACCUCGGCCCCUCACGGUUUUCCCAGAUGGCAACUCCUCUUCACACGAGGGUCCGUCGCCUCACCGUGGCUCGUCGUUGCGUACGGCAGACGAGGCCCGGGCCCCGCUCGGAAAGAAGCUGCGCGAACCUGCGGUUUGGCGGACGUCUCGGCGGAGAGUUUGGGCGACGGAAGAUGAAGGCUUCCCCCAACCCCGGAUACCCGUCGGGCCCCCAUCCCUCCUAAGCCACCGUACGGAAGAGUCUGUGGGAAAACGGUAUCGACGGCUUUAUGGGAUUCCUUGGAAGUCCAAGACCCCAUCGGUCUCCGACUGCUUCUCCGACUUUCUCUCGUCGUUAAUGAGGAGGGACUGAUAACGGGAUGUAUGAGGUGCGAUUGAGGGGUCAACGGAAACACGGAUUUAUGCGUCUCAGGAGCAAAGCUUCACGACUUUGCUCAGAGGCAAGUGGGGGGGGGGGGGUGCCCGUCCGCUGACGAUAAACUACACGCGCCUUUCGACUUCCAGACGGAUCGUUCUGAGCAGCGUGAAAACAUAUCUGGGGCGUUUUCUUCUACCCAGCUGCCGCUUGAGCCCUUAACCAAUUCCCACCCUACGGGGUCCAUGGUACGAAGUAAGGCCAGAGGACUCGAGCUGACAAGAGUGUGAGUAAAUCAUCCGCUCAUUUGAAUCUGUAGAGAACCUUCCCCCCCCCCCCCCCCAGGCCUAUUUUGGAGGAUGGCGAAGGCCCUUUUUCAUUAAAAUGAUCAGGUAUUCCAUUGGUGAGGCACCAGACACAUCGCAGAUGAAGGGUAAAUCACUUUGGUUUUUGGUUGGUGGGUUUUCGUUUUCUUCUGAGGUACUUUGAAAUUGAACUACUGACAAACGAGUUUGCUUGAAAUAUCAGACCCUGGGCGACUCGGGAGAGGACCGCGGGCGUGUGACGUCAGCUCUUUCCCCUCUUUUCGUCCAGUAAGACGGCGAGUUAUUUCUUCCCCGUCUGCAGUUUCCCCUACACCAAGCGAAGAAGUCCGCCUAAAGAUCGUGACAGUCACCGAUCAGAGAAUUAGGUGUUAGUCGGCGUGACUCGUUCUGUAGAACUGAAGGGAGGGUUGAACGACAUCAAAAAUCCAUCUGAAUAUAUUGUAGCUCUUCCCGCUUCAGUUUAACCAAAUCUAGCGAUUUGGGGAGUUGCGUCUGCGGCCGCGUCUUUGGGGAGCGUUAGUUUCCCUUGACUUAUAAGGGGUUUAUGUUAACCACACUGCGCACUUGAAUUUAAUACCAAAUCUACAUUCCAAAGCUGAAUGUGAGGCCAUUUACUCAGCGGCCUGGCCUUAGGUUCUGGCAUCGAAAGGGUUGAGUGACUCACUCUGGGGGUUAAAUGAAAGCCGGGAACUAAGAGCGGCCUAAAGAUUUGGCUUCUAGCAGCUGGUCGGCCGUUACCAUCACCACGGGGCAGGCCAGUUGCUAACGAGCUCUUCCGAAUAGGCUUCGGCCAGACGAAGGAAAAAGAAUAAGCCAUACUCCGUGUGAUCUAGCCUGCAGCGAUUCUCUGAGACUUUGAGAGGUUUUAGCAUGGAACACUGCUCGAUAAGUACUUAUUUUUGUAAAUAACGCGGUGGAUUAAUUUAUCUGUUGCCCUCCGUAGAUACAUUGUAUUUUCCUCAGACGUUAUUUUAGGGUUUUGAAGAAUUUCCACUGCGUUGUGUAGUGAGUUUUCCAUCACACCUGUUAUUUUUUUAAUGCAAAUGCUUGAAAUAAAUUAAUGGCUGGGAAUGUGUGUUGUACAGUCAGCAUUUUCUCAAUAAAGAUGUCUGAUAAAAUGGU